AAUCAGUCGCUAACACACUUGCCGUUGACACACCGAAGAGAAGCAGCUGCGCAAUUUUGGUUUUUCUGAACGCAGCCGCUACCGGCGCUUAUACCUGCGACGUGCCGGAUAAUGUCGUCGCAGAUAACACGACUGAAGUGGUCCAUGGUCCGUGCGUUUUAAAUUUCUUAGAGAAACGUGAAAGAACGGUACGGUUGUAGAAAUGUUCGAUUGAUUGUCGACGAGAGCGGAUCAAUUUUUUUUUUUCCAAUAACAAAAUGAUGAAAAACAUCCAUAAUAAAAUUAAAACGUGAACGUAAUCGUAUGCAAUGUAUAUGCGUAUCUCUUGUGAAAUUCGUCAACGUGUGCGCAUGCGCGAAAGUACAUUGCUUCGGAACUUGGGCAAUGGUGGUGUUUUGUACGCGUUGUGUAAAAGUAAACACGUACUUCUCUCUAUCUCGGAGAGUUAAAACUGUCAUUUUGUCGAAUGACGACGAUGUUCGCUUUCACGUGUGAUUUUAUCAUCAGACUGUUUUCGAUCUGAGUUUUUACACGCACAAAAUGCAGCACAAUUAUUUCGACGUCCACGUCGUAUGUACAUACAGCCCUGUGUGGCGUGCAGGUCAUUAAACUUGCGAGGAUACUAGGUGUUGAUAGAGUUUGAUGCACACGAUUUAUUUCGCGCCGAUGGUUCGCGUCGCGUCGCUGUAAGUGAAAACGCGAUUUAUUUGCGGCAUGUGAAGUAUAUAAUUUGUUGGAAAUAAUAUUUUCGCGCUACAAUGUUGUGAAAGAAUUUAUUUUGCCGUAGACUUGUGUGUUUCAUAAUGGCGGCUGAUAAAAGAGUGUUUUCUCUUCGCGCGCCACUUUUACAUUUUUGCCGGGUCGGCGAACAUAUAUCUGAAGUAUAAAUUACCGAUGUGAUCGCCGCGUGAACAAUAACGUGGAUUAAAUUGCGUUAUUACAAAGCAAAUUACGUGUAUUUCUGUUGAUUCCCAACAGUCUUGUACUAUUUGACGAUGUCGGAGACAAACGAACACUCGGCCGACGAUACCGAGACGGAGACGAAAACAGUAGAAGAUUUACCGAACGAUUCGAUCAAGAGCGAAAUUAAAUUGAUGAUGAAUCAGACGGACUUGGCUCUGCUGGAAGACGAGGAGAUGCCGACGUAUAUCAGUGUGUCUAGCACUUCAAGACCCAACGAUUCAGACGUCGUUAAUGCGAAGCAGCAAGAGAAUCUGUCUCAAGAAAUGCAGGAGAACCAUAGUCCAAGCCCUGCUCCUAGUGAGGAAGGUAGAAGUGUAAUAGCUGUCUCUUCUGAAGAAGAGAACGACACCGAUCAUGAAGACGAAGAUGAGGAUAGUGGUGAAGAUAUGGGGAAUCUAGAACUUGACAAUGAAUUUGGUUCAGAGCAACAUCUAAAUGAAUUGAACAUGAAGCAUUUGAUGGAUGAAGAAGCAUUUGAUGAUGAGGAGGAGGAAGAUGAUGAGGAGGAAGAAGAUGAUGAGGAAGAUGAAGAAGAAGGUCUUAGACAUAAUUAUAAUGAUGGACAUCCCAAAAACUCGCAUUUAAGGCCAGACUACCUAAACAUUCCACAAAAUGCUAUGAUGUAUUCCAUGGUGCACAGAAAGCCAGGGCCGGCAAAAUAUCAACAUGUAGAAAGUCCAGUCAGGCGAUACAUUAAAAACAUAAAGGAACUAAGACGUUCUUCGGACAAGCAAAAACAAUAUCAGGAAGAUGUAGUCCGGAAUCAAAACAAUACAAAUCGCAAAAUUAAUGAAGCAGAAAAAUCAAAGACCCCAAACAAAAUAAUAAAGGAUUAUGCUGAAAGAGCGAUCAAGCAGUUGGAGAUUGAGGAAGCCUGUGACAGAGAUACGCCACCUUAUAAUGCCACUAUAUUAAACGGUCAAGAUAAUAAGAAUGGUUUGCCAUCAAUACAUGAGGAAUCUACACAAGACGAGGUCCAAAUAAAUGUAGCUUUUGAUGCGGCACAGAGUGAAAAAGAUCCCUUGAAUACUGAUGAUAACAAAACUCAGAAACAGAAUGGAGUUGAUGACAAAGAGUAUAAUAUUCACGAUAGACGAACUCCAAUAUCGUUCGCAAAUGUGACCGUUCAACAAAAUGGUCAUCAAGACAUGUCGACACUAUUUUGCAAUUUGCGUGCGGUAACUUAUCAAGAUUACAUGCGUAAUCCUCAUUCCACUAAAAUAGAUGUAAAUAAAAGUGUACGCGCAAGUGAACAAGAACAGGCUCAAUCUGAGACUUACAAUAAUGCAGAGCCAAUGGAAGUUACUAUAGACAAUGAUACAUCUUGUCCCAUAAAAAUUGAAAAUAUUAAAAGCAUCAGAGCAAUGGGUGAUGAAGUAAAAAACAAUAUUGAGCAAGCAAAUUUUGAUAAAAAUGAAGGAUUUAAUAAAAUACCUUCGCACAUCUUAGCGGUUGAAUUAAGAGAAAAGUUGGAUAUGAAAACUGCGCAAUAUAAUAAUUUGCUUGAAGCAUACAAAAGACAACUUGAAGAAAAUAUAAAAUUGAAACAAGAGAUGGAAGGGCUGAGAACAUCUUUGGCAAAUGAACGUGAGAAAAAUAAACUUCCAGAACAGAAAGUUGCAUCAAUUCAAACAGAUAUUACUAAUUGCGUACCUAACAAAGAAGAUCAGAAUAAGGUAGAAUCCGCACAGAUAAAACACAAUAAGAUGUUGAAGAACAGUAUUGGUUCAACACUGAGUUCUAUAGAGCAAUGGAGCGACAGUUCAGGAACUUUGUCAAUAUCCAUGAAACCACCUGAAGCAGUUAAAGUGUCACAUUCUGACGAUAGCAUGCUGCUGACCGAUCCUAUAUCAAAAACACUGUCGCCUUCCUUGUCUCAUGCAUUUAUUACUUCAUCAAGAAUUUUAAAAACACUCUCAAAUAUCACACAAGGAAAACCGCAAUCAGAAAGUCCUAGAAUACAAAAUUCAAAAAGGAGAUUAAAUGAAAGCUCAGAAAUGGAGACGCAAAAUGAAGAUAGUGGUUGUCAAGCUCGACCUUCUAGUUCGAAAAAAAGAAAGGUUACAGACAUUCUUAAAUCUUUAAAUGUUUCUGUAGAAUCACGUUCCAGUGAGAAUGAAACAUCUAAUGGAAAGUCACAAUUCAAAUAUUCGUCUGAUUCGGCAAAUGACAAAGUAAAAUCACAAGAAACUUCUUCCAAUCUUAACACAAGUCACUUAAAACUCAGUGCAAAUAAUGAAACAGAAAAUGAUGAUUGUUAUCCGGAGGACAAUGUGAAAUGCUAUGUGUAUCAGGAGAAUGAAAAUAAAAAAGAUCGCAGUUUUCUAAUCCUAGCGGAAGAGCCUAAAGACGACAAGAGUGAUAACGAAAAAGGACGUAUUCGAGAGUGCGGUCCAUAUUUACUUGGCAAUAUAGAAGUAAGGAUGUCCGAAGUAAACGGAACUAUUAAUAUUUGGGGCAAAGAGAUCAGUCAAAACUCCACAGCUGAAUUUGGAAGUGAAACAGAAGCAUCUGCUGCAGCGAAAGAUGAUAAAAACCAUGAUUUGCCAAGAACGCCAUAUAUCAGAUUCAACGGUAGCAAUUUAGUAUGCUCGACGAGUCAAAAACCAAAAAUUCCUCCGAAAUUUGAAUUGUCUUCAGUUGCGUCUAAUUUUUCAUGUAUACAUACAUCAUCAUUCAACACAAAACCAUCAUGUUCGACUGAGAAGGGAAACACAGCCGACAUGUAUAGUUCGUGCGUUUCUUCUUGUGAAGACUGUGAUUCGUCAAAACAUCACAGAGAAUGUCCACGUUACAAAGAAACACAUCAAGAAAAGUUACAUUCUUGUUGUAUUCAUGACGCAGACACGUUAGAGCAUAGUUGUUCGUUAUACACAGAAAAACCGAAGUUCCAAAACAAUUGUGAUUGUAGCAAAGAAAAACUGAAUAGCAAAGAGCGAGGUUUUUCAAAAUCCGUAGAAUCUAACAAGCAUUUAUGUGAAAACAGCGUUAAUGCGGAAGAAGACGGCAAAUCUACACGUAGGUGUCAUGCAGUACGUCAUUUACAUAAUCACGAAGAUAAUUGUCAAGAAAGUCACAAAUGUCGUAAUAAUCACGUAUGUACGUGUGAGCCAGAGAGCGGGGGAUCCAAGUAUCUUACUCCUAUGUGUGAAAACGAGCCAUUGAUAGGAAAAUGUAAUGAGACGCCAGAGACAAGACGACGAAGAUUGACCGGAAAAAGGGUACGAGGAAUUCUGAUGGAUCUUUUGCGAGACUGCUGCAAUUCUAAUAGCACUAGCAAAAGUUGUAUAUACAAAAAGGAAUCUUCACCAGGUUGCAGUUCACAAAUCAAGCUUACGCCAUGUGCGUCUGCCGAACAGUCAUGCUCGAAUCCGAGACAUCCUGUCGGAAGAUGUUGCCGUGCUUACGCACAGCGAAUCGAGUCGCAAUUAGAAGAAUUUCGAGUGGAAAUGGAAAGAGUUCGAUCUCGUUCAGAUGCUAUUCUCAAUAUGCUAAAUAUGCUUCAUUCCGUGGAUACAAACUAAAAGAACUUAUUAUUCAUAUUACUUUUUUUUUUUUUUUUUUUUUUUUUUUUUUUCUUUAAUUUACAAAUU